GGAAGCAAAGCCCCCGUACCGGCCGUUCGGAUGGUUGGUUGGCUUGUGGCGCGGGGCCCCGCCGCGAUCCGGUCGCCGCCUCCACCACCACGCCGCGUCACCGGCGGCGGAGCGGCGGAGAGCUAGCCGCGCCUCUCGCCGGAGCAGCGCGAGGCAGGGUGGGGGGGGGGGGAGGCUCGUGGUGGUGGUAUUUGAGGAGGAGCCAUUGGUGAUUGAGCGCCGCGUGGUGGUGGAGAGGGGGAGGUAGGCGGCGUAUUUACCCCACCGGGGGUGGCCAUUAACUCUGGCCACCUUGGCAUGCGGAUAGGCAUCACCAUGGGAUGCCUCUGACCUCUGCGCAGGGAGGUGGUGGAGUCGGCGUGAUGGAGAGCGGCGGGAAGCGGCAUUUCUUCCCCCUUACGAGCUUGCAAAUCGGGGAUUUACAAUCAUAUCUUGCUGAACUUACUAUAUUUUUGUGCCCUCAUACGAAGAAGUUUCUCAUAUUGCUUGAUAACCGGCCAUGGCUGCAAGACCAGGACACAAAACCUGCUCACCUGUGGCAAUUGAUGGUCACAAAGUCAAGACUUUCACCUUUUGCAAACACUAGAACUAGGAGAAAGGGAGAUGAAACUGGGAAGAAACUUGUAUUCUCUAAAGAUCCUAGACAUGGUUCUCAUUUGUGGAAUCCAUCAUCCAGAUGGUAUACCUUAAUUGAUGAUGCCAUGCGGAAUAAAAAGCUUCAUGUGAAUAGGCUGAAGGAUUCUCGCCUGCUGAACAAGGAACUGCACCGAACCUUAUAUGGCUUUAUAAUUUUUGAGGUAGACUGGGCUGAUGUGCGCGGCAUGAACUAUUUCAAUGAACUUCAGACUGAUACUUCUAUGGCAGUGGAAGCUAAAACAAUGAAGAGAUGGGAAUUUGAGAGUGUCAACCAAGCUUCAUCAUUAAUCACUUCAUGGUUUUCUGGAAAUUACUCUGAAUGCCAGCUCCUACAGGAUUAUUUGAACAGCAUCUCUCCUAAAGGAAAUGUGUUUUAUGACGCUCAGAAUUAUUUCUCAACACCUGAAGGGGACAGUGAGAAUGUACAGAGUGAUGAUGACGAUUCUGGACCUAGUCAAUGCAUGAGAGAGUCGUCAAGUUUUACAAGCUCCUCAUACACACCACCUCCUUGCUCUGGACCUUACAAGAGAAGAAAGAUAAUAAGAUCUGAUGCUGGAAAUAAUAUGUCUGAAGAAUCAUAUUCUGAAGUUGUGACCUCACCAACACAUUCAUCAUCUCCAUCUUCCUCGUGCUGCAGUGAUGAUGAUUGUGGCAAGACUCUGCUCGAGCCUAGCACAUAUAAGGAUGUGUUGAUCUUAUUCCGGUUCGAUGACCACGAUCUCCCUUUCAGACUAAAAGAAGUAAUACUUUCUGAUGUGAGGCUGUUAACAUUGCUAGAGUAUGGCCUUCCUUCAUGGGUCAUUUUUCUCCAGUCAUAUCCAGUGUUCUGCAAGACAUAUCGCCCAUGGAUGUGUCCUCUUGCCAGGGCAUUGUAUGUCUUGAUGUCAAUAGUUACUGUUCUCAUAGGAUUUUAUGACCUCUACAAGAAUGUCCCCAUGUUGAAGGCAACUGCAUCAAGAUUGUUUGGCCCUUUCUUUGACUGGAUAGAGACGUGGGAAAUGAUUUCACGACUGAAGUAUCUUGGAACCAUGCUUUUUCUACAUAACUUCCAGCAGGCUUUUACAUGGUCUCUUAAGAUUGUAACUGCUACUAAAUCUGCUCUAAGUGUUUUGACAAAGCCAAUCAUGGGACCAAUUUUGGAGGUUCUUGAAUUUACCCUGCCGCUAUGGAACCUUUGUGCUGAAACAGUAGGACAUCUGAGCUCAGUUAUCAUGUUGGCGAUGGAGACUUCAUGCAGUGUAGUUAUCAGUACAAUGCAGAUGAUUAUAUGGCCUUUUUGGCUGGUCUUCAGUGUUGUGCUUAAUGUUGCAAAUUCAGUCCUGUACCCUUUCGUUUGGCUUCUUGGAGAAAUUCUAGCUGCACCUUUCCGGCUUGUUGUUGCGAUAGCAAGUUUUGUGGCAGACUCUUUUGUGGACAUUGUUGGAGUUCUGAGGGAGACCUGGUCUACAUUGAGUUCCUUAUAUCAAGUUGGUUCUGCAUCCGGAUCGACCGGACUUGCAUCUGAAACUACCAUCUGGGGGUCACUAUGGAAAGAUCUUCUGUACCAGAUUUUCCGUGCGAUUCGAAGCAUUCUGUAUGGUUUUGUUGCCUUCUUUUCAACAUGCAACAGGCAUCGGCUUAGCAUUUACAACCACAUUCAAGUAUUUCUCCGACGCCUAUCUCGUGUUUUAACUGGUGCACAGCAUACCACCUCUUGUGAAGGCACACGGAGGUAUUCUAGUCAAAAUCAUCCUCAAAGGAAAACUCACACGAGAUAACAGUGGGCCUGGCAACUUGACUUGCCAGGUAACAACCUCAUUCAGGGAGCCUAUGCGCGGGAUAAAUAGAGAUAGCCAGUCGUGAGCUGAAAAAAGUGUGAACAGGAAACAUUUACUAACACAGAAGCAUACCCGGUCGACUGGACAGACCUUCAAAACAACUUGCUUGGAAUUGGAAGAGUCAUGUACAGGUUUAUACCGAAUGUUUCAUCACAUAGCUUUAAUCAUGUAUCCUAUCUGUACCAGCGGGCAAGUAGUGAAACAAAACGCCGCAAUUGUACAUACGCAGAAUCUGUUGUUUGUUCAUUCUAAUGGCUUGUAUAGCAGCCUAGUAGGUUUGUGCAUAUCCUCCCGAAAUGUUCCUCUGAACAACAAUUUUGUAAUUACAUCCGAGUAUUAGCUAAAUAGCUAAGCAUCAAUUUCCAUAACACGGUUGUCCAA